CUUGUGUGAAACCUUCUUUUUCUGAGUUUUCAUUUUUAUUAAACAAAUAUAAAUAGCAAAAAGAAUUUCUUGUGCGCAUUCCUUUAAACGUACAAAGUUUGUAUAUUUUCUUUAAAAAAAAAGCAACGCAGACUAGAUAACAGAGCGAACUUCUUUUCAGCAUUGUUGCAUUUCAUAUAUCCUACUUUUUUUCCUAAAAAAAAAAGACAAAUGAAGUUUUCUAUUCUUUCUACAAGAAAGCUUUUCCCCGAAUAUGUUAUAAUAUCUAUAGCGCUUUUGCAAUCGGAAAUAUUUUGGAUUUGUUCAGUUGUCUAUCAUGUACUUAUAUCUCGUUUUCCAAACCAGACGACGCCAACAGCAGCCCCAAUCAUCAGAGAUAAUGGCUCCAGAAAUCGAGCAGAAUCAGCACCACCCAUUCUUGCCAACGGUGCAGCUGAGAAGAAAGGAAGGAAUAUCACCUAUUGCAAGUCUAUAACCGAAAAUGUUAAUAAAGAGGUCUCCACACGAAGAGCUAGUCUUGAUGACAUUAAAAGCUUACCGUCAUUCCGUGUUCGGCCUUCAAUUCAUGAUGAGCGAACAGGAACUACCUGCCCUCCAAUUUGGUGGCAAAAGACACGAGUUAAAUUAAGGCGUCCUCCAACUCAUAUUCGUACAGAGGACCAAAAUCUAGCAAUUACAGCAGGUAUACGUCCGAUCUUUUCUCAAUCUUCCUACACUAGUAGCAGCAGUAGCAGUGUUGAAACACUAAAGAAUUCAUCGUUCUGUAAAUUGAAAUCCUCAAAAGAGUCAGGCGCACAUACAAUCAGAACAACAACAACAACAACAACAACAACAUCAUCAUCAUCAUCAUCAUCAUCCUCAACAUCAACACCUGCCGUUCUCAUUGAUGGAAAAUCAACUUCUUCUGAUUUAAGGCCAUCCACAUCACUAACAUCACUACACAGCAUAUUUAACUCUUCUCAAAAGACUUUAUACUCUUCUAUAUCCUCCUACUCCGUUGAUGAAGAAUACGAGUUGCCGCAUGAAGGCAUUCAUAAGAACGUAUCCGAUGACCCUCCUACACAAAAACGACAACGUAAGAUUAAGAAAUUCAUCACCAAAUUCAACACCUCCUUUCGUCCCUCUCAUCACACAAGCAACAUCAAUGCCCUUUCAUCCACAACACCCAUAAAUUGAUUAUUUAUUCUCGAUAAACCCUGUAAAUAGCCAUAACUAUCCUUGUAAAUCAUAAAGCAUCAAGUGCUUUUCCAUUUGCCGUUCAUGUCGCGCAUAAUCAUUCUUCAUUGUUUACUCAAAUAAACCCUGCGUUUUUGGUCUGUUAUGUUAAUCGGUGUAGACAUAAUUAUAUAUCCAAAUAGA